AUGUCCGAUCCGCUUCUGUUCGAAGACACCUUCACCGUCACGGGCGUCAACUCGCAGAAAUACGACCGCGUGUCGCGCCUGAGCUGCACCUCGUCCGACUCGCUGACGACCUUCACGCUUGAUAUCAACUCGGAGCUGUAUCCAUGCUCGGCGGGCGAGUCGCUGUCCAUGGCGCUGGCGUCGACCCUUUCGCUCGAUGGCAAAGAUGAGUCGGGGGCUAAGGGCGGCUGGCGCGAGGUCGGGAUGGGCGAGCAAACCCUGGCCAACGACUACGACUAUGUCUGCCAUGGGAAGGUGUAUCGGUUUGAAGAGGGAUCUACUGCGGGGAACAUGGCUGUCUUCGUUUCCUUUGGCGGUCUCCUGCUUUAUCUCGAGGGUCCCUACAAAAAGCUUGCGCCUUUGAAGAUUGACAACGUCUAUCUGUUGCUGAAGAAAUAG